GAAAUCACGAUUGUUCUUUGCUUUUAGGCUCUUUUUAAUGUCGUUCUUCAACGUCAAACAUAAAUUAAUACAUUCAAUAACUGAGCUAAUACUGAGCUGAAUACGAGAAAAUAUGCAGAUUUCAAAAUAAAUAGUAGCUACGAUUCGGAUGUUAUGGUUCACUCCGAUGGCAAUAUUGAACCCCGGGGAUCCACCCUGCGUUGCGAUCAAAUUAUGUUUUGAUUUACCAUCUAUUCAAACUAAGAAUGGGAGUGAAUUAGCCGCCAACUUUUGAGUACCUAGGUACCUGCUGUUUAAAAAUGAACAUACCAUUUCCUAUACUUUACCCGCGUCUGGUAGACCCUACUUGGUUCAAUGCAGACAGUCCAUGUGACGAAGAUGCGGAGCUAACUAGUAUGGAACAGGCCCAUCAGCAGUGGUUGAACUCAAUUGGUCAACAAUAUAUGAAGCGCCCACCGCUGGGAAAGCCUGAUCCAGAGCCAAUGGAGGAAGAAGCAGACUCUGAUGAAGAAGAAGGUAAUGAUGAAUCUGAUGAGUCGGAGGAAUCCCAUGAUGAGGAUGAAGAAGAGGAGCUGCGUACAUAUUCUCCACCGAGAAACAACAAUGAGGUAGACCAAGAGUUUGAAAUACAUGAUCAGAAUCCAGAUCCCAGCACACCUGAUCAAAGUGCACUCUGGCCUCAGGGCCGAAUCCAGCCACUAAAUUAAGCUGAACAGCUAUCAACGCAAGUUGAGGAGUUACAAACAACACAUUUAUGAGUAGAUAUUGGAGAUGAGUUCAUAUUGUCCAUGUUAAAAUUGAGCUAUUGUGGCUAAGCUCAAUAGCAACAUGCAAUCAGUAUAACACUCGUUCACAAGACCUAAGAAAUAAACCUAUAGCAGCACUCACUUUACUUCUCUUAUGAUAAAUUAUCACACUAAUAUUAGAAAGGCGAAAGAUUUUGUGUAAUGUGUGUGUGUGUGUAUGU